AAACCGAAAAUGAAGGGUGAGAGGACAUAAUUGGAAUUAAAAAAAAGAGUAAAAACAGGACCGAACUCGAAUAAGAGUCGCGCACAUUGAGAACACAGAAAGAAAGCAAUUGAUUCGCCAAUGAAAAGGGGAUUGGAAGUUGCAGUAAUUUCAGCGGCGGCGAGCAGUAAACUCUCUCUGUGAUUGGUGAAAACAGAAAUGGUUCAGAAGCAGUGCCAUCUAUGCACCAAGUUGUGUUGGUGAGGAAAUGACCAUUAAAAGGAUGGAAAAAAAGUGACACUAUGGAAAAACAAGUAUUCAUGAAUAGGGAUGUGCAAGAAUCUCGAUUCCGUUGUCCCGUUCCGAAAUAUCCCGUUUCGUUCGGGACGACAAAAUUUAGUCCCGAACCCAUCCGGAAUUGAUUUAAAAUGGAAUGGGACCGGGACAAAUAAAAAGAUGCGUUUGUACGACUGUUUGGCAACUUCUGAAUGGGUAAGUGCUGAACCAGUAAGAGGUCUGAACCAUUAAGUGCUGAACCAGUAAGAGGUCUGAACCAUUAAGAGCUAGUAUAUUGCUUAACUAUUCAGAGGCAAAUGUCUGAUCAAUUCAGAUAAGAGGUUUUAACCAUUCAGACUCUAAGCCUGGUGAAACAACUCUCUUCUUCUUCACCGCCGCCGCCGCCGCCAUCACCGCCGCCGCGUAAAAAACAAGCCCGGAGGAGGCUGCACACCACCAGACCGUAUCAAGAACGGCUCCUGAACAUGGCGGAGGCGAGGCGGGAGAUCGUGACCGCUCUGAAGUUCCACAGAGCAGCCAAGAAACAACACAGGCAACAAGAACAAGAACAAGAACAAGAACAACCUCGGAGGGAGGAGGAGAAGGACAGGCUUGUUCUUCCAUUGCCACCACCCCGACCGCGGCGGCCAUCAGAGCAAGAACCAAACCUCUGUUCCUCAUGGGCGAAUGGCUUUUCCGAUAUCGCCCCCGCGGGUUUCCGCUCGCCCUGCCUCUUCUUCCCUCCUCCGCCGCCGCCGCCAGCACUCUUCCAAGAAAGCCUCAACUUUCCACUUCCAAACCAAACAUUGGGAUUGAACCUGAACUUCCAAGGCUUUGACCAUUUGGAUGCAUCUCCAUAUCUACCCAGCUGCAACAACCCAUCAAUUUAUGCAUCAUCCCCGUCGUCUUCUUCGUCGAAUUACUGCUCUGUUUCUUCAGGGCUGCAACAUCACCAUCCAUCUCUGGGUGAGAGGGAGAUAUCAGAGAUGAAGUCGAUGGGGGAGAAGCACCAGAUGGAGUGGAAUGACAGCAUGAAUCUGGCGACUUCGGCUCUGUGGCUGGAGUUCUUGGAAACCAUGGGGGAGGAGAAGAGAGGCGGGGAAGAAGAUGAUGGUUAUGGAUGCUAUCACCCAUUUGAUGAAGCCAUGGAAUUCCCGGUUUGGUUGAAUGCAGGAGACGAGAGCUGCUUGGAGCACAACUUGAAUGUCAAUUUCUCUGAUGAUUUUUGCUUCCAGAAUCCUGCCUUGCCAUGCAUUGAGGAAAUCCAAGGAAACGAGGUGGAGUGGCUAACAGGAGAGGAUUGAGUUGAUUAUUCUCAAAGUCAUUUCACAAUCAAUAUUUUCACACCAAAUUUUGUUUGUAGGCUCUUUUAUUUUGAGUUUUUAUAUGUUUUGGCCUCUUCAGUUUUCAAAUUUUGCACCUCAACUUAAUAAGGGCUUUGGUAAAAU